UUCUUUCGCCGCUUUGCAGCGCCCCGCUCGCUUUUCUGUCUGGCGGCGACAGAACCGAGCGGAGUCUCGCUCGGGGCUUGGCGCGAUGUUCCGGCGGAAGCUGUCGGCGCUCGACUACCACAACCCGGGCGGGUUCAACUGCCGAGAUGAAACUGAAUUCCGAAACUUUAUUGUUUGGCUAGAAGACCAGAAGAUCCGACACUACAAAAUUGAAGACAGGGGGAAUUUAAGAAACAUCCACAACGCCACAGAAUGGACAAAGUCCUUUGAAAAGUACCUUAAAGAUGUGAAUUGCCCCUUCACCGUACAGGAGCGACAGGAAACCAUCGACUGGCUUCUCGGAUUGGCAGUCAGGCUUGAGUAUGGGGACAACGCUGACAAAUACAAGGACUCCACUCCGGAUGGGGCUAAAAAUACAGAGAAUGCUGCCAAGAAUGCCGAGCCCUUGAUUAACCUGGAUGUGAACAAUCCGGACUUCAAGACGGGCGUGAUGGCGCUGGCCAACCUCCUGCAGAUCCAGCGUCACGACGACUAUUUGGUGAUGCUCAAGGCGAUCCGCAUCUUGGUUCAAGAGCGCCUGAGUCAGGAUGCCAUCGCAAAGGCCAGUCAGUCGAAAGAGGGGCUGCCCGUUGCCUUGGACAAGCACAUUCUCGGCUUUGACACAGGAGAUGCCGUUCUCAACGAAGCUGCUCAGAUCCUCCGGUUGCUGCAUGUAGAGGAGCUCCGCGAGCUGCAGACGAAGAUCAACGAGGCCAUCGUGGCGGUGCAGGCCAUCAUCGCCGAUCCAAAAACUGACCACAGACUGGGCAAAGUUGGGCGAUGAAGGAGCAGGCCCCUCCGGCUUCCCUGUGUGGCUGGCGCCGAGUCGGGGCGCCCCUGCCCCCAGCAUGCAAUCCCGAAGGGCCCCUGGUCCCAAGAAACCAGGGCAGCCGCCCGCGACCCCUCCGUCUCGUUUUUCCUGACAUCAAUAAAGCUUGGAUUAAACAGA